GAGAGAGUCAAGACAGGUUUUUCUUCUUUUAAAAGGGAAUUUAAACAUGUAAAUCUGCGAGUGGUGACAGGGAGGUGAACAAGAAAUCGUGCAGUACUAACUGGAGCCAACCCCCUCCCUCCACAGAGAAGUACGAUUCACCGUUUGGACUCGCAUUCAGUUGGGAUUUUUAUGUAAGACUUUUCUCUUUUGGAUAGUGGCAGGCGCAGCGCGCCUCUCAGCCGAAGGACUUGAGCGCUGUCGGGAGCGCGCACCAGUCUGUGAGAGCACGAUUGAAGAGAUUUUGAAGUGGAUAUUGUCAGUUCUUCAGUUAUUCAAAGCCAUCUCAACUAGGGUACCUCAUUUUUCCAGUAUUGUUUGCUGUUACUAGCCAUGGGAACAGCUGGAAGCUGCAAUGUAUGAUGCCACCGCUACAACAGUAUAAAGCUGUUAUGACUUGAAACAGUCACUCAGGCCUCUCACGGACGUGUUACAAGUGCUGAUGGGAACUGCUGCUCCAAUAUGAAUGUGCAUGAUGUUGGAGGGAGACGACGCUUUGAGGACUCGGAAUUUACCCUGCGAAUCUAUCCAGGGAGCAUUGCAGAAGGGACGAUCUACUGCCCAGUCUCGGCACGUAAGAUUACCACGGCUGCAGAGGUCAUAGACUUUCUCAUCAAUAAGCUCCAGUUGGACAAAACAAAAUGUUAUGUUCUUGCAGAGGUCAAGGAAUUUGGUGGGGAGGAGUGGAUCCUCAAUCCUACAGACUGUCCAGUGCAACGUAUGAUGCUCUGGCCCCGAAUGGCAUUAGAAAACCGUUUUAGCAGUGAUGAUUAUCGCUUUUUGUUGCGAGAGAAGAACCUAGAUGGCUCUAUCCACUAUGGAAAUCUGCAGAUGUGGCUGCGGGUCACAGAGGAACGCCGGCGGAUGGUGGAGAGGGGUUUUCUGCCUCAGCCUCAGCAGAAAGAUUAUGAUGAUCUCUGUAAUUUGCCCGACCUCAAUGAAAAGACCCUUUUGGACAAUUUAAGGAGCCGAUUUAAGCAGGAAAAAAUCUACACCUAUGUGGGCAGCAUUCUGAUAGUAAUUAACCCCUUUAAAUUCUUGCCAAUCUAUAACCCAAAAUAUGUCAAGAUGUAUGACAACCAUCAUCUGGGGAAGCUGGAGCCACACAUAUAUGCUGUAGCUGAUGUAGCAUACCACGCCAUGCUUCAGCGACGGAAAAACCAGUGCAUUGUCAUAUCGGGGGAAAGCGGAUCUGGAAAGACUCAGAGUACAAAUUUUCUUAUCCACCAUCUCACAGCUUUAAGCCAGAAAGGAUUUGCCAGUGGUGUAGAGCAGAUCAUUCUUGGUGCAGGACCUGUCUUGGAGGCUUUUGGAAAUGCCAAGACAGCUCAUAACAACAACUCCAGCAGGUUUGGCAAGUUCAUCCAAGUGAAUUACCAGGAGACAGGCACAGUGAGGGGGGCAUAUGUGGAGAAGUAUUUGUUGGAGAAGUCAAGACUCGUCUACCAGGAACACAAUGAACGGAACUAUCAUGUAUUCUAUUACCUGUUGGCAGGAGCAACUGAAGAGGAGAGAGCAGAAUUCCACCUUAAAAAACCCGAGGAGUACCAUUAUUUGAAUCAGAUGACAAAGAAACCCCUCAGACUGCACUGGGAAAAUUACUAUGAAAAUGAGCUGGACUGUUUUACUGUAGAGGGAGAGGAUCUAAAGCAUGACUUUGAACGCCUACAGUUGGCUAUGGAGAUGGUUGGAUUCCUGCCUCAGACUCGCAAACAGAUUUUCUCCCUCCUCUCUGCGAUUCUGCAUCUAGGGAACAUUCGUUACAAGAAGAAAACCUACCGUGACGACUCAAUUGACAUCUGCAAUCCUGAGGUGCUCCCUGUUGUCUCUGAGCUUCUGGAGGUGAAGGAAGAAAUGUUGUUUGAAGCCCUCACGACCAGAAAGACUGUGACAGUGGGUGAGAAGCUCAUUGUACCAUAUAAGCUUGCAGAGGCUGGGACUGUGCGAGAUUCUAUGGCCAAAUCACUUUACAGUGCACUGUUCGACUGGAUUGUGUUCCGAAUCAACCAUGCAUUAUUCAACACGAAGGAUCUGGAGGAGACCACAAAGAUCCUUUCUAUUGGAGUCCUUGAUAUUUUUGGAUUUGAAGACUAUGAAAAUAACAGCUUUGAACAGUUCUGUAUAAACUUUGCCAAUGAGCGACUUCAGCAUUAUUUUAACCAGCACAUUUUCAAAAUUGAGCAGGAGGAAUACCGCUUGGAAGGCAUCAGUUGGCACAACAUAGACUACAUCGAUAAUAGUGGCUGCAUUAACCUCAUCAGUAAGAAACCCACUGCUUUGUUCCACCUGUUGGAUGAAGAGUGCAAUUUCCCACAGGCUACAAACCAAACUCUUUUGGAUAAAUUCAAAAGACAGCAUGAAGGGAACAGUUAUAUUGAAUUCCCAGCUGUGAUGGAGCCUGCAUUUAUCAUCAGACAUUAUGCUGGCAAGGUGAAAUAUGGAGUGAAGGAUUUUCGGGAGAAGAACACAGACCAUAUGCGGCCUGAUAUUGUUGCCUUGCUGAAAAGUAGCAAGAACUCCUUCAUUUGUGGUCUGAUUGGAAUAGACCCCGUAGCUACUUUUCGCUGGGCUGUUCUCCGUUCUUAUUUUCGAGCUGUAGUGGCCUUCAGAGAGGCUGGCAAGAGAUAUGUUGAUAAGAAAACUGGGCAUGAUGAUGCAGUACCGUGUCCCAUUUUGAAAAAUGUGGAUAGUUUUAGCUUUCUGCAUCACCCAGUUCAUCAGAGAAGCUUAGAGAUCCUGCAGAGGUGCAAGGAGGAGAAGUACAGCAUUACGCGAAAAAGUCCCAGGACGCCUCUGUCAAAUUUGCAGGGAGUUAACACCAUGAACGAAAAGUCUCAGAGGGAUAGUUUUAAUAUGAACUGGAAUGGACGGAUGGGGAGACAAAAUAGGGUUUCUGUUACUGGAUCUUUUCUAGAAGAAGAGGGGAUUUUUGUCAAUUCAGCCAGCAGCAAGCUUCUUGAAAGGGCCCAUGGAAUUCUAAUGAGGAAUAAAACAUAUAAGCCGAAGCCCACCCUCCCUAAGCACUUGCUGGAUGUGAAAUCUCUGAAGUAUCUGACAAGUCUGACCCUCCAGGACCGCAUCACAAAAUCUCUCCUUCAUUUGCACAAGAAAAAGAAACCUCCCAGUAUAAGUGCUCAGUUUCAGGCCUCCCUCAACAAGCUAAUGGAAACGCUUGAACAAGCUGAGCCCUACUUUGUGAAAUGUAUCCGAUCAAAUUCAGAAAAGCUUCCCUUACGCUUUAAUGAUGGCUUGGUGUUGAGGCAGCUGAGGUACACUGGCAUGCUGGAGACUGUGAGAAUUCGGCAGUCAGGGUACAGCAUCAAGUAUACUUUCCAAGAAUUUGUUGACCACUUCCAUGUCCUGCUAUCCAAGGGUACCCAUUCAUCACGCCAGAGCAUCCUGGAAUUCCUGCGCAAUGUGGACCUCAACCCUGAUGGAUUCCAAGUUGGCAUUACAAUGGUGUUUAUGAAGGAAGUCGAAAGGCAGAAGCUACAGGACCUCCUGCACCAGGAAGUGCUCAGAAGAAUUGUAGUUUUGCAGCGAUGGUUCAGGACCCAGCUGGAAAGAAAACACUUUCUCAUUAUGAAGAAUGCUGCCAUAUGUAUUCAGCGGUGGUGGCGGAACUGCACGGUAAAGGAUACCACCCCUGAACCCGAGAUUGAUAUAGAGACUCUCCAUGGGGCAGCUAUAUGUAUUCAGGCAUUAUGGAGGGGUUACAAGGAGAGGAAAAAGAUUCAGCACAUGUGGGAGGCUUCAUGUGUUAUCCAAAAAUUCUGGCGCCGAUACUGCUACCAUAGGGAAGAGGCUGCUGUGUGCAUCCAGGCUGCUUGGCGUGGCUGGAAAGCCAGAACAACCUACAGACAUCUGAGGUUCUGUAUUGUAUUGCUGCAGGCAUAUUGCAGAGGACACCUGGCACGCUUAAGGUUAAUUGAAUUGAAAAACCAGAAGCAGCAACAAAUACAACUAAAGAUUAAGGAAGCAAAUUCAUUGACUGCACAGGACCUUUACAAGGGCGACAUUCCAUCAGCUUUUGGAUGUACACCUAAAGAUAUAAAUGCCAGGGUUAAGGAACCAGAAACUGUUAUUGAGAGGAGAAAUGAGAAUAUGGACUAUUAUCAAAGUGAAUAUGCAGACUCUACCACUGCAGACAGAACUACAGAUAAUCAGUAUGAUUGGCUUGGUAUUCAAGGAGGUGGGGCAAUAGAAAGACCAAAGUCCUUUGAUGAUAUGGACCAGAAGAAGGUUGUAAGGGCCAAAAGAGAGAGUCGGCGUAUGCGGGAAUUGGAGCAAGCCAAAUUUAGCCUGGAAUUACUAAAGGUCAGGUCUACAGGUGGGAUCUCUCCAUCAGAGGAAAUAAGGUGGUCUACAGAACUGGUUUCUGAAAAUUUACUGUCACCCCAAGGUACUCCAGAUAGUGAGAGCUCACGGGGUAGUUUUGAAUUGCUAGGAGCUGAUGAGUUUCAGAAAGUUAAAUCCACUUCUCCAGAGUUGGAGGAGUCCGAUUGCCAUCAUAAAUUUAUUGAACAGCAAGACCUUUCAUCUGGCAGCACAGAAUCGCCUCACGUACACCCAGCUGAAUCUGAAAUGAUGAGUUCAACUGGUCCUUCCUCCAGCCCUCAAGGAAAAUCUCAAGGGUUACUCUUAAAGUCAAAAACAGAAAACAAUCUUCCUCCAUUUUAUAUUCCAUUUCGUGAAGGUGUAUCUGCCAAUAAGGAAAGUAAUGAUUCCUCUAAGACAAGUUUUGAACGAGAUAGCGGGCCCAAAGGACAGAAGGUGCCCAUUCAUAAACCAGUUGUGGUUGUUAUUAGCAUGCAGAAGGAAGUGCCACUGGGUGAGGAAACCCAGGUACAGAAGCCUCAAGUAAAGCACAGUGAGGUUCAAACUGAAAUUUCAACAACAUUAGCAGUGGAUUCAGUCAAUAAAAAUGCUGAUGACCGAGUCAAUGCCGCCAUCAUUGAGAAACUGGAGAAGAUGAAUGUAGGCAAGGCAGAGCGGCAAAAACAGCAACAGCAGCAAAAUGAAAAAGAAAUGAUGGAGCAAAUUCGACAGCAGAAAGAGAUUUUAGAGAAGCAGCGAAAGUUCUUUGAGCAACAUGAAAGAGACAUGUUUGAGAAGCAGAGAGGAGAAGCCCUGCAAAAGAUUGAACAAAAUAGACAGUUGUCCUCAAAUGCAAGUAGUCACAAAGAAAGACCUCAGUCUCUGCUUCUUUCUCAAGAACACUGGGGGCCAUCUGCCCCUUCAGAACUGUCACCUUCAGAUGUAGAGAUAAAAAUUAUCUCAGUGGAAGAUGGUCAAACUAAAGAGAAAAAGGUGCUCCCUCCCUCAGCAAAAGAACGGCCUUUAAGUAUGUUUUUAGAGAAGAGAGAUGGGCCGUGGAGGCUGCCACAGGAGGGCUGGAAUCCCAAGGUGACUUUGGAGGCUCCUGAUGGUGGGCCGAGAAGUGAACGUCUAAGGCAGCCCAAAGUCUUGGGUCAGAGUUUAGACGGCUCCUCGGCUGACAGACCAACAACAAUAUUCUUCACUCCAAAAGACAACAAGCCCACAUUCACCAAAGUUGAGAAGGAAUCAGCCAACCAAGAGAGGUCCUCUGCCAUUCAGAAAGAAGAGCCAUUUUUUAAUGCAAAGCAUGCAAAGAUGCCUUUGGAGGUUGGGAGACCAGCCCAAAAAAAGAAAGCCCGCAUGGCGCGGACACGCUCUGAUUUCCUGAGCCGAGGUACAAACCCUGCAGGGGAUGGGGAGUUGGAGGAUGAUGAGUACGAUGACAACCCCAUCACAUCCCCUCUAUCCCCCUGCCUGCCCCACCCUGAAAUGGAGCCUGUGGUUAGUGACGGGCAGGCUUGUCACAGUGACUCUGAAAUGUCAACAUCAUUGGCUGAAGACACAAAGAAAAUGCACAAGGCAUUGUCCUCUGGGGAUCUUGUGAAGAUGGACAGUAUAAGAAAGAAUGCCCACACUGACAGCAGAAUGAAAGCAAAGAUGCGCUUCUGGGGAAAACCAAAGCAAGGCAAUAAGAAGCUACUCCGAGACAAAGUGAUCACUCAACCCGACAAGCAAGAAUUCUUGGAAGAUCAUGAUGAGACAGAUGGUCUCAUGAUAUAUGAUGUAGGUCAGGAGGUAAAUCAGCACCGUGUGACACCACCUCAUAGUCCCAACCUUGGAGCAGAAAGAGGAAAGGAGUUCAAGGAAAAUAAAGAACCCUCACCUAAAGUGAGGAGGCGAAAAAGUGUGAAGAUCAGUAACGUGACUAUUGACACCACCCAAUGGCAGAAUGACUGUCUGCAGAUUUUAACAAGUGCAAGUGACUACAAGUCCAUGAAUGAGUUUCUGCAAAAGAAGAUUGAUGGCCUCGACACUGAGGAUGGAAAAAAAGAUACCCUGGUGGACGUUGUCUUUAAAAAAGCACUGAGAGAAUUUCGGCACAAUAUCUUCAACUCCUAUUCAACAGCACUUGCGAUGGAUGAUGGAAAAACAGUCAGAUACAAGGAUCUAUAUGCUCUUUUUGAACAUAUAUUGGAAAAGACAAUGCGGCAGGAGCAGAGGGACUGGAGUGAGUCACCGGUGAGGGUCUGGGUGAACACAUUUAAGGUGUUUCUGGAUGAGUUCAUGACAGAAUAUAAAACUUUGGACAGCACUGCUGGAAAGGUGCAGAAACUGGAACGCAAAAAACGAAGAAAAAAAGAUGCUGAUAUUGUGGAAGAGCACAAUGGACAUAUAUUUAAGGCUACUCAAUAUAGCAUCCCUACUUACUGUGAAUACUGUUCAUCACUCAUAUGGAUGAUGGAUAAAGCUUGUGUAUGCAAAUUAUGUCGCUAUGCAUGUCACAGGAAAUGUUGCUUGAAAACAACAACAAAAUGCAGUAAGAAGUAUGACACAGAGCUGUCCUCCAGACAGUUUGGAGUUGAUGUCUCCCGACUGACAAAUGAUGAGAGGACAGUGCCAUUGGUAGUGGAGAAGCUCAUUAAUUACAUUGAGAUGCAUGGAUUGUAUACUGAGGGCAUUUACAGAAAAUCUGGAUCCACCAAUAAAAUAAAAGAACUUAAGCAAGGACUUGAUUCAGAUAUCUAUAGCACAAACCUAGAUGACUACAAUAUCCAUGUUAUUGCCAGCGUAUUUAAGCAGUGGCUACGAGAUUUGCCAAAUCCACUAAUGACAUUUGAACUUUAUGAAGAAUUUGUUAGAGCAAUGGGGCUUCAGGAUAAGAAGGAGGUUGUUCGAGGUGUGUAUUCUGUGAUUGAUCAGCUAUCCCGAACUCAUUUAAACACACUUGAGAGGCUUAUUUUCCAUCUUGUAAGAAUUGCAUUUCAAGAAGAAACCAACAGGAUGUCUGCAAAUGCUCUUGCAAUUGUCUUUGCUCCUUGCAUUCUCCGCUGCCCAGACACCAUUGAUCCACUGCAAAGUGUUCAAGACAUUGGAAAAACAACAGCGUGUGUUGAGCUGAUCAUUGGAGAACAGAUGAACAAAUACAAAGCCAGACUGAAGGACAUCAACAGCUUAGAGUUUGCAGAGAACAAGGCCAAGAGCAGACUCUCUUUGAUCCGAAGAUCAAUGAAACCAGUACUAAUCGCAGUUAGAUUUAUGAGCAUAACCCGCAAUGUGAUCCCGCCAAACUCCAGUAGAAAGGGCAAAGGGCGAUUACGACGUAGUAGUUAUCACACCCCAUCAUCUCCUGUGGGAACACGGCUGCCAUCUGUGUCAGAUGUGCCAGAGGAGAGCGCAAGUGAGGACGGGGCAAUGGAGGUGGAGCUGUCUGAGCAGCAGCAGAAGGCCAUGCAACAAGAGGAGCAGGUCCUGACCGAGCAGAUAGAGAACUUGCAGAAGGAAAAGGAAGAGCUGACAUAUGAAAUGCUGUCUUUGGAACCUCGGGCCUCAGAUGAUGAAACUUUAGAGUCUGAAGCGUCAAUUGGAACAGCUGACAGCUCUGAGAAUCUGAACAUGGAUUCGGAGGGCACGAUAUCGGAUUUUUCAGACCGAAAUGCAGCGUUGGUCACAUGCAGACAGAAUAAGAAGGAAUCUUCCGGAAAGGCGCGAAGGACACUGCGGAAACAACAAGAAUCUUUUGACUCGGUGGAUUCGGCCUCCACUGUGUCCUCGAUGUCCAGCACUGGCGCCUAUCAGGGAAGGGGUCACGCACCACGAUUCCGUUCCCACCCAGCGUUUCAGCCAAAUGAGUCUACAGAUUCGAGACUGAACCAGGAUGCUGGAGAGCAGCCGCAGUUUACCAGCCGGGGGACUUUCAACCCAGAAAAGGGCAAAUUAAAACUGAAGACAAUGAAAAGCUCCCCGCAAAAGACCAAGGAGCCCUCAGAUGAGGGCGGAAAAGGUGCGGGUAGAAAGAAGAACACAGAUUCAGACUUGCCUUCAUCACAGCAGCUUGUUGUCUAUGGGAAGAAUGAAUUUAUGGUAUGAAGCCAUGAUAGUGUUUUUUUUUUUUUUUCCUUUUUUGGUCUUUUUUCGUUUUUAUAAACUGUUGAUGUACUCCUAAUUACAUUGUGUGUGGCGUUUACCUCUUUCCCUCAGUGACAGCAGGAAUCGUUCAUUCAUCUUUGGUCUACAGUGCCAUUGAUUGUUAGCCAAGAGUCUGAAUGUUGAGAUGCACCAAGACGACUUGGGAAAAGACUUUUGUUUUUGGGGCCUUACUUUUUUUCCCCUUUCCCUCUGUGUGUGACUCUCUUCUGUAUUUUUUAAGCCUAUAAUGUGGAAGAUAUUGAAGGAAUUCCAUUUUUUUUAGCACCUGUCAGGAAAUGACCACCUGGCCGGUGCUUUUGCCUAUAUGUCCAAUAUCUCUGUUGCACCUCGGUAUUAAAAUGAAUCACGCCUUGGCUGUCCAGAUCUGUGAUGGGAUGGAAAGAGACAUUGUUACUUUUUGAUGCAGGACUGUGGAGCAGAGGCUUAGAUGAUUCCCAAAAUAUGAGCCUGCCACAGUGCAAAGUCAAUUAACUUAAUAUAAAUUAUUUGCUGCAAUGUGGUUUACAUUUAGAACAAUCACACAGCAUGUUAUAUAGAGUUUUUGUUUUGUUCUAUUUUUUUCCAUUGAUAAAAUUUUAAUUAAUGUUCAAUAUGUAUACAUAUAUAAAUAUAUAUAUAUAAAUAUAAAUAUAGAAAAAAAUGUAUAGAAGCAAAACAGUGAUGGCUGCUGGCCAGAUAAAGCCAAAUAUUUAUGUCUGUUGUUAUCUCUGAGCAGUUUAUGAAUGGUGCGUACAGUGGGGAGGAUUCUUGUUACACCACUUUAUGUUCAAUAUGAAUGCUGCUCUUUGCUUUCUCAUGGACUGGCAUUAAAACAAAGGGAUAAAAUUA